AUGUAUCUGCGGGCUUCUUCCGCCGUUGCGCGCUUGAGCUCUUGGCUGAGCCGCGGCGAUCGCCCGCGCAAGCCCGCCUGGCGCCGUUGGAUUCCGGCUGUGGCGGCCGUCACAGCGGCCACAGUCUUCUUUUGGAUCUAUGCCGUGCCCCAGCUCCUGCGGUUUCGAUUCCGCACGGGAAUGAGCUGGUAUGAUAUGGGCUGGUAUGGAUUUGGUCCCUCGCGCACCUAUGUCUCGUUCCACGAACAGUCGCCCGUAAUCGAGAUCUCGCCGGCCGGGGCGCAAUGCGAUCAGCGAUACACGUUCCUGGCGCCGCGCGGUGAUUCGGUCGUUCAUCCGGGGCCCAUGAUUCUGGAUGCCCAGGGCGAGCUGGUCUGGAUGAAGGACAACUGGGGCACCACACAGGAUUUCCAUGUCCAGCGCUAUAAGGGCCAGGACUAUGUCACGUAUUGGCAAGGAGAUGAGGAAGACGGAUAUGGGCAUGGAUCGUGGUACAUGCUGGAUUCAACGUAUACCGUCCAAUAUGUUGUAUCGCCUGCCGGUGAUCUGGACGGCGACUUGCACGAGUUUCACAUCACGCCCAACGACACGGCCCUCAUUACGAUCUACGACCCGAUCCCAUAUGACCUGACCUCGGUCGGCGGACCGGAGCUCGGAUGGCUCUACGAUGGCGUUUUCCAGGAGAUUGACCUUGCUACCGGAGAGCUCCUUUUUGAAUGGCGCUCGUCCAGUUUCUACACCCCGGAAAGCAGCUACGAACCCUUGAGAGACAGGGGCCACGAGCGAACCUUUGGAUACGAUUACUUCCAUAUCAAUAGCGUCGACAAGAACGACCAAGGUCAUUAUCUGAUUUCUGCUCGGCAUACCCACACCAUUACCUGCAUUGAUGGAGCCACAGGAGAGGUCCUCUGGUCCUUAGGUGGAAAAGACAAUGAAUUCACCGACGAGUCGAAUGGGGUCGCGACUCAGUUCGCCUGGCAACACGAUGCGCGCUGGCAAAGUCCUAAUACCCUGACACUGUUCAACAACGCCGCGAAUGGGGGACAUGAUCUAUCCGCUGUCAGCCAGGGCCUCUUGCUGGAACUCGAUAUUCCAGCCCGAAAGGCGAAGGUUUUGACGAGCUACGACCACCCACAAGAUUUAAUGGUCGUUUCGCAGGGAAACCUCCAGGUGCUGGAGAACGGCAACGUUCUCGUUGGAUGGGGCCACAGCGCUGCCUUCACGGAAUUCUCGCCGGACGGGGAAUUGCUUUGCAAUGUUCAUUUCGGUGCCUCCGCAUACUUCACUUUCGGCCGCAUCGUCUCCUACCGUGUUUUCAAAGGCGACUGGGUCGGCCGACCUGAUACCCUUCCAGACGCUGCCAUCGCGGAGGACAGUGUUUUCGUGAGUUGGAAUGGAGCCACCGAGGUCGCAGCAUGGCGGCUCGAAGCGUGGGAUGGCAUUGAUAUCGAUAACAUGAGUUUCGUCAUGAUCAAGGACGUCGAUCGCACUGGAUUUGAAACCGAGGUUUCUUUUACCGCCAAUGUUACUUCUUUCUUCCAAGUUGCUGCUCUUGACGAUGAUGGUGAAGUGCUUGGCAAGACCGCCAUCCUGCAACGUGGCAGCGAAUCUCCUGCGCGAAGCUCGAUUCUGGGUCACUCCUGGGGAGUAACGAUUAUCAUGCUCUUUGCGAUCGGAUGCCUCUUUCUUGGUCUGUACUACGCCAUCUCCAGAGUUUUGCGCCGCCAAAGGUCCCGUGGAGAUCCAUCAUACCGCCUGGUGGCGCACAAAGAGGAAGAUGAUGGCCAUGGACCAGAGAACGAUCAUCUGCCGAUUUAG